AUGGCUUCAACUGACAAUCCACGUUUACCUUUAACAUCGCGCACUACUCCAGUUGUUAAAUAUAUGGAAAUGCGCGAUGAAACAAAAGCCCCAUCGAGUUGUAUUUCCAUGACACCAAUGUCAACAUCAUAUAAUCCGAAACGAUUAUCAAAUCAAAGUAGUAUAACAAUUAGUGAAUAUGAACUUCGUCGAAUGCCAGCGCGAAAACGACACGUUGUUAAGAAAACUUUAAUGGCUAAUGUUGGAUAUCGAUUAGGAAAACGAAAAGAUUUACAUAUUCAACGUCGAUUUAUUGGCGAUUUAAUGUGUUUUCUUGGCGUUUUUGGUAUUAUUUUAAUGAUAAUUGAAUGUGAAUUAACAUUCAAUCGUGUCGAUCAUAAAGAUUCAACAUUUAGUUUAUUUGUAAAAGCAACAAUAACAUUUACAACAAUAGUUCUUGUUUGUCUUGUCUUUUAUUAUCACCGUAUUGAUCUGAGUCUUUAUUGUGUUGAUAAUUCGAUUGACGAUUGGCGUAUUGCAUUAACACAAAAAAAGAUCUUUUUAAUUAUAUUGGAAGCGUUGAUUUGUAUGAUACAUCCGAUACCAGGCCAUUUUCUUGUGGAAUGGAGUUCACAACAUGUUAAAAAAAUUGGAGACAAUUUAAACAUUUUUAAUCCAUAUCGAUCUCAUCAAAAUACAUUUACUAAAUCGAUAUUAUUAAAUUCAACAAUAACUUCAACAACAAUGCAACCAUUAUUAUUUACAACUAAUGCGAUCGAUAUACCAAAAUCUUAUGUACCAAUUGAUGUCAUACUUAGCUUACCGAUGUUUUUUCGAUUAUAUCUCAUUUGCCGUUUGAUAAUGCUUCGUUCACCAUUGGUUCGUGAUGCUUCAUCACAAUCACUUGGUUAUCUUAAUCGAGUUUCAUUUACUUUUCCUUUUAUUAUCAAAGCCUAUAUUCAACAACAGCCAGCAUUAUGUUUAACAACAUUUUGUAUUAGCGCACUUUUCAUUGCAAGUUGGGCUAUGCGAGCAUGUGACUUUAAUGAAAAAACAGGACACAUGUCCAUGGCAGACGCUACAUGGUUAUUUACUAUAUCAUUUACUACCAUCGGUUAUGGAGAUAUUGUACCAUCAACAUAUUGUGGGAGAGGUAUCGCUGCUAUAACAGGUAUCAUUGGUGUAUUUUCAACAGCAUUACUUGUUGCUGUUAUUUCACAAAAACUGGAAUUGACAAGAUCAGAAAAGUAUGUACACAAUUUUGUAGCAAGUAUUGAACUAGCAAAAGCACAUAAAAAUCAAGCAGCAAAUGUGGUUAAAUUCGGCUGGAAAGUUUGGCAUUUAAAACGAAAAGGUAAGCAUAUGCUUAUUCAAUACAUUCAAGCUCAACGUAAGUUAUUAACAUCAAUACAUUAUCUUCGUAAAAUAAAACAACAGCAACGUAAAUUAAUUGAUAAUUGUGUUACUUUACUUGAAUUGUAUAAUGUACAACACAGUACAAGUACGACGACAAAUGAAACAUCACAUAAAGUUAUUUCAAUGGAAAACAAAAUUAAUGCAAUAGAAGAUCGUUUGAUUGAAAUUAAUCACGGAAUGGUUACUUUACAAGAUAAACUUAAUAUUUUAUUAGAUCGAAUUCAACAAAGAUAA